AGAGAAAAAGAUCGCGAAAGAGCUCAGGCUAGGAGCGGCGGAAAAGGAAAGAACAAAGAUGAUGGAUUGACGCCCGAACAACGCCGUGAAAGGGAUGGGAAAGCCCUUCAAGAAAAGGCGGCGAAGAAAGCGGGGCAGGCGGCGGGGGCUGGCGGCAGUGAUGCCGGAG